UGCCGCCCUGAGCGCUCGUCCAGUGUCCGCGGACGCUGGCCAUCCAUUCAGAGGCGUAUUUUGGAUAUUUGACGCCCCUGGCCAGUUGGCUUUGACCCAUUAAGUGACGAUAAUAAAAAAAAAUAAAAAAAACUUCCUCUGCCGCUAGUGCCAUGGUCCGUCGAGCCCUUGCUGGGUAAAAAGUUGCUGAAUCACUUAUUUUGAAAUAUGACGGGCUUGGAACUCAUCAUCUCAUCUAUUUGCAAUGCUACUUUUUGCGAAGCGGUUUACGAUAAUCCUAUAACAGAAACACUACUGUCAAAGCAAAAAAAGGAACUGUUGGAGAUCGCUGAAGAUGUUAAUGGUAAACAUUUGAAGAUUGGCACUUACGAUAAUUACCCUUUAAGCUGGGUACACACUGAAGAUGAUGGAAAGCUGUCUGGGCGCGGCGUUGCGUUCGUCGUUUUGGAAAUUCUGCGCGAAAGGUUCAAUUUCACCUUUGAUGUGGUCGCGCCGGCCAAAAACUAUGAAAUUGGCCCUGACGGCAGAACGGAGGACUCAUUAAUCGGAUUGGUCAACAAAAGUGAAGUGGACAUGGCUGCAGCAUUCUUACCCAUAGCAUACAAGUACCAGCAGUUUGCGGAUUUCUCUUCGAUCCUGGACAGAGGCGUGUGGAUGAUGAUGCUGCAGCGGCCUAAGGAGUCUGCCGCAGGGUCCGGACUCCUGGCCCCGUUCGAAAUUCAAGUGUGGUAUCUAAUAUUGGCGGCCGUACUCUCUUACGGUCCCUGCAUCACUUUUCUCACGUACUUGCGGUCUAAGCUCGUGAGAGACGGAGAGAAAAACAUCUCGCUGUCGCCCAGUUUCUGGUUCGUGUAUGGAGCCUUGCUGAAACAGGGGACCACAUUGGCACCAGAAGCGAAUACGACUCGAAUCCUCUUCACAACAUGGUGGCUGUUCAUAAUCCUGCUGUCGGCGUUCUACACGGCCAACCUGACUGCUUUCCUCACGCUCUCCAAGUUCACCCUGGACGUGGAAAACCCUGAGGAUCUGUAUAAGAAGAACUACCGCUGGGUCGCUCCUGAGGGCAGCGCAGUGCAAUACGUUAUCAAUGACUCAAACGAAGACCUGCAUUUUCUAAGCAAAAUGGUAACAAAUGGACGGGCUCGUUUUCUCUUGGUGAACGGCGAUCGUCAGUACUUACCCUACGUGACUGGGGGAGCAGUGCUGGUAAAGGAACAGACAGCUAUAGACCAUCUCAUGUUUGAAGACUACUUGAAGAAGACCAAGGAUAAUGUGCCGGAAGUGAAGAGAUGCACGUAUGUCGUCGCUCCAAAUCCCUUUAUGGAAAAGUUACGGGGUUUCGCCUUUCCAAAACAAAGCAAAUUAAAGUUAUUAUUUGAUCCAGUCCUCACCUAUCUCCUACAAUCUGGUAUAGUAACGUACUUGGAACAUAGAGACCUGCCUAGCACAAAGAUAUGUCCGCUUGAUCUGCAGUCCAAGGACCGUAAGCUGCGGAACAGCGAUCUAUCGAUGACGUACAUGCUAAUGGGGGUCGGGUUAGCGACUGCCAUCGCUGUUUUUGGUGGAGAGAUGAUAAUCAGGUAUUACGUCCGUAUCAAAAUCAAGAAGAAUCGGGGUGAAAAGUGCAAAAUGAAAACGUCAAAGUCGUCAAAACACAAGCGGUUCAGGGUCCAAGAUGACAGUCACCCACCGCCUUACGACUCGCUGUUUGGUAUCAACUCUCGGUAUAAGAUGGACGCGAAGUCUACAUCCAAGAUAAUAAAUGGGAGAGAGUACUGGGUGGUCGGGACGGUGAGUGGAGACACCAGGCUCAUACCGGUUAGGACUCCGUCGGCGUUCUUGUAUCAGCGGGAUAAGUAAAUGGAAAAUUGCCAUAUGGAGAGUAGUUUAUUUUUCUCGGGGCAAGAGCGGAAGUAUAUUGAGGAUUUUGAACUAAUCAAUCAAGUCAAUCUUAUCAACUAACGAACUAAGAAGACUUCCAUAAAAAUUGCAUAAUACUACUGAUGAUUGAUGAUGAAAUAUAAUUAUGUAAGUACCUAUGUGAAAAAUAUCUCUUGAUCAAUUUCUUGUUAUGUUUAGGUAUAUUUAGAGGUAGAAAAUAAAGAUGUUUGAUAUAUAGUUUUGGGAGAUGAUUUUUGUAGAAAGUAUGUACUUACACGUGACACACGUCCACUGAUAGAUAUAGUAAUAAGGAGCAGAACUCUAGUAUUAAUAAAACAUUCAAAUAAUUACAUAUUUUUAUUAACUGUGAAAAUUCCACAUAUUCCUCUAACAUUCAUAUCAUCAUUAACAUCAGCAUUUAGCUAACAGUCAAACUCAUCUAAAUUUAAUUAUUUUAUAAUAAAAACCCUUAGAAACCUGUUUGGCACAAGUAUGUUGUUGAAUGUCUGAAAUCCAACCCAGGGAUUUAGAACAAAGUUUAUAUGUACCUACUUUUAACAGACGAAUCCAAUAUUAAGAGCGCAUGCGACACCUCAAAAAUAUGUAACAAUGUAGGACUUAAUAAAUUGUAUUAUAAGUCCUUGGUUAAACGUACUUCAAAAAUCAACACAGGUAAUAUCAUGUAUAUUAAAAAUCAUUUGUUUUUGGUUUCUUAAGAGUAAAAAAAUAGAGAAUUUAACUGAGGAAAAUGUUUGCCAUGUGGAGUAAUAAAACCCUAGAGGGGAGACUCUCGUUGUACUGUCUGUUAAGUACCAAAUAUACACUUUGGAAGUCUAACAAAAUGUGCCAAACAGAUUCAGUAUCACUUUACGGCUCUGCCUGAAUAACCUAAGUUUUGUACAUAAAUAUAAUAAAUAUAUAACUUUUUGAGCAGCGACAUCGACUCCGUGAUGCUAUUUUAUACAAAGUUGACUAUAUCAGUUACAAACUUGAUAACCUUUUAAACAAAAAUUGCACCACGGUUACUGUAACACAAACGCCACACAACGAUAAUUUGCUUUCAAUUAAUUAUAUAUAAUUACGUUUCUAAAGAACAGUAACGCCUGGUUUAAGAGCUAGCCUCGGAAAGAUACAAUCUAUAAAAAAGGGUUUUGAAAGAUUCACGGUUACUUCAUUAGACUUAUAUUGCAUGAUGCAAGUAACUGCGUCGAAAUAUCGGGACUUGACAAAAAUCUAAAGGGUAAUCACGCCCUAUGGAACUUCCUAUACAAAAAAAAUUGCGAACGCUAUAUUCUGUAAUCACGGUCUAUAUCCCGGUCAAUAUAAGUCUAUUCUACAAAAGUAU